AUGUUGGGAAGAACUUGGGGAGCGCUCGUCCUUCCAGACAUCCAGCAGAGGUAUCCGCUAUCAGAGAUUCGCUUUCCCGUGCCCCUGGAGCCCACAAACGCGGCCGCCGGACUCGUCCUGGAGGCUCCCGUCAUUGUCUGCUUUGCUGUGCUGCAAAAUCCACUCAUCAAUUCAUCCGUCCUGCGGCUGACGGCGCCUUCAGAGUACAGACUUGGCAACGUCUCGCGGCUUGCUGGAAGCUCCCCCGUGGCAGUGGCAGCCACUGCAGCUGGCAAUGUGGCGAACGUCACCAUCCUGGAGCCUGGCCUGCUUGCUGGGCCGACGUACUGUCUUGCUAUUUACGUGCGGAAUCCACCGGCAAUACCGAUAAGCUUGCGAGCCUGGAUGAUGCAGUCCAUUGGCACUGAUGGCACUCUGGUGGAUGAAGGUUUCGUGGAGGAGUACCAGCUGUACCCAGCAGCUGCUCUGGCAAUUGUAAAUCUUGACCAGCAGCCCUACAGCGACCGUGUGGUGACGGCGCGCAUUGCCGCCACCAUGCCAGCACCGGUGCGCUUCGGAGAUUCGCUGGUGGUGCAGGCGCCCGAUGGCUUCCUACUGCCUGGCUGCCCGGUGGAGUGGCUACGCUUCGUGUCUUCAGCGCCAGAGCCUUCACCGAGGCACUCUUGUGAUCUCUUGUAG